AUGAACGAUGAUGAGGGAUUUAUUUCUGAAGAAUCAGAUUAAAAUAAUUAUUAAUUAAAACUACCCAAAGACCUCUUUAUUGACACAUCCAUCAACAUCUAAAUACCCUUACAUAAUAUUGAAUACAAAUGUGUCUAUUUAAAACAUAAGUAAACUACCUCAUAUAAUUUCAAAUACCAUUUCAAUGGAUUACUAUUAGAUGAUCAUAAAAUAAUUAAAUCUUAACCUAUCAUAAAUAAUGGAAUGUUCAAUUCUAAUUUUGAAUCAGCCAAUCUUUAUGCUGCUUAUGAGAUAAAAGACAAUGAAUUUAAUUUAAUUUUAUAAGAUGAUACAAAUACAAUUGGUUAUUCAUAAUGGUUCUAUUUUGAAGUCAAUAACCUUUAAGGCCAAGUUCUCACUUUUCAUAUUAUCAAUUUAGUAAAUACUUAUAAACUUAUAUAGAUUAAAGAAUAUAAAUCAUUAAAAUAUGGCUUAUCUGUCAUGAUAAAGGAUGGAUCUAAAUGGGAAGUUUUGGAAACUAAUGUUAAAUUAAAAUCUUCAUAAUACUAUAAAUUAAAAGUAAAAUUGUUAAUCAAUUUUAGUAUCCCACACAUAUGUGUAAAUUAUAUUAACUAACAAUCAUCAUACCAUCAAAAUAUAGAAAGUUCAAAUUGUCUCUUAAUUAUCCUUAUACAAAUACAGAUCUAUAUACUUUCCUUAAAAAUGAUUAUUAAAUCCUUACUACUUCACUUUCAGGUUUAAAUGUUCCAAUUCUUAGAUAUGGAUCACCAAAUAAUGAUGUUAUAGUUAUAAUUGCUCGUUAACAUCCUGGAGAAACAGUAUCAUCAUUUGUUUGUUAAGGUUUUUUGAGUUCUCUUGAAAAAGAUGAGAUAUUAACUCAAAAAUUUCACUUUAUUAUUAUUCCACUCUUUAAUCCAGAUGGAGUAGAUUGUGGAAAUUUUAGAUGUGAUUUAAGUGGUAAAGAUUUAAAUAGAUAAUGGCAUAAACCAAAUCCAUAAUUACAUUUUUAAAUAAUUGAAACUAAAAAUCUAUUGAAAAAUAUCAUUCAAACAAGAAAUAUAGUUUGCUUUAUAGAUUUACAUGGACAUUCAAAAAAGUAUAAUUAAUAAUAAUUCAAUUUAGAUUAAAUUCAUUUAUGUAUGCUUGUAGAGGAGAUUAAGAUGCAGUAUAAUGUAGAAUAUUACCAUAUUUAUUCAAAACAACAAGUAAAUUCUUUGAUUUUAAUUCCUGUACAUUCUCCCUUGAACCAUGCAAGAUGAAAACUGCUAGAGCAUUUGUUUUUAAAUUAGUUAAGAAAUAUUUUCCAAAUGAAAUACAUGAUAUAUUUACUUUAGAAACUAGUUUUUUUGGAUAUAAUGAAUUUUAUUAAAUCAAAUAAUUCACUUAAUAAGAUCUCUUAUAAAUAGGGUAGGAUCUAUAUAAAAGUUUAGUACUUUAUUAUACAAAUAUUACUUUAAAAUAAUAGAUAGCAAAUGAAUUAGAAAAGAAUCGACAAUAAUAUCAUAAUCAAGAUCUUUAUAAUACAGAAGAUUAAAGUGAUUCAGAUCCUGAAAAUGGUAUGAUUAUAUAAAAAUAAAUCAAAUAAAAGAAGAGGUUUGAAAAGAAGGUUUCUAUUAAAAAGGAAAUUAGUUUUAUUAAAAAAUUGUAAUAACCUUAAUUAACUUCAUUUAAUAAUCAUAAUUAUGAGAAUAUUCGUUAUUUUUCUAUGCCUAAAAGUAAGAUAGAAAAGAGACAAAUGAAGAGUUCGAGUUUCCAUUAAUAAAUGAAUAUCACUUAAUCAUAAAUAAAAGAUCUUUCAGCUGAUAUUACUCCUACUAAUAAAUUUAAAUUAAAAACACAAUAAUCUAAUAAUAAUUAAGAAAUGGAAUAAAGUCAAAAUUAAAUUUUAAUACCUUCUUAAAAAAAAUAGAAUUUCUAAUUUUAAAAAACUAAUUUUGUACCUCCAAUUCAUAAUGGAUUAUCAAUAAAAGUUGUUCAUAAUAAAAUAAGGAAUGAAUAAAUUUAAUAAUAAUAAUAAAUGCCAUUUUAAUAAUAAAUACGAAUUAAUCAAUCAUUUUAAAGUACUUAAUAUAAUAGUCCAGAAAAUAAGAAUUUAGCAGUAAUAUCAAAAUCAAUAUAAAAAAAAGAUACUUGGGAUCCAAGAUUGAUAUUUGAAUUUACACAAAAAGUAAAAAGAAAGAAUACAUAAAAUAAAUUUAUUUGA